AUCAAAGAAAAUGUAAGGUUGAUGAUACAUGGGACUUGGCAAAGGAUGAAGCAUUAAAAAUAAAGAGGAUUCCUCCACCAUCAAAUUUUUGCAGAGAAGAAUAUGAUCCAAAUUACAUUUCCAAUUUCUGUCCAAAUUAUGUGAACAUCUCUGUGGUUUUAUACCAUCCUGUUUUUGGCAGAUUCAGGGAUCAAUCUUUGAAAAAGCAAGAUGCCAAGCCAGCUGAUAUAGAAAAUGUUGUGGAUCUAUUGUAUGAGAUGGCAAAGACUUAUGAGGUUGAGGAUCACAGGUUAUUGGAGUUUCAGAAACUUAUGGGAAAAAUUCUUGGACAUCUAAUAAAUAAAUUUGCAAUUGGUAAUUGUACUGCAGAUGGUGCAGUAAUUUGUAAUGUACAAUCAAAGCAGUAUGCUCUGUUAAUCCUUGAAGCAAAGAAUAAUCUUGGAACUGCUGGUGAUGCAUAUUUUCAGGUAGCUGGUUCAUAUGAAAGGUAUCUGGUUACUAUAGAGGAUUAUGAAAGAUACUGCAAUCCUUGUUUUCUUCUGCAUUUACAUGGAUCUUGGCUUGGAAUUUCAGGAGCUGUAUUUGGAAAAAAAAUUAUAGUUGAACCUCUGACACAUAUGAUCCCUCUUUUACCAAUGUUACAUCAUCCAGAACACUUAUCAAUGAUAAUUUCUGUUAUUGAAGCAUUGAAGAAUGGAUUGAAUGAACUGAAAAUCCAUUAUGAAUCUGUUAAACCAGAUAGUAUAAACAUUCCAUGCCAACCACACUUUCCUUAUCCUAGAUCUUUCAAUAACAAUAAUGGAGAUAAACUUCAAUUUGCUUAUCUAAAAGAACUUUAUAAAAACAAAUCUCUCUUUCUUGUACAAGAUGAAAAGGCCAAACAAUAUAUUGUUAAGUUUGUACCUAAUAAUUAUGGUGCUGAUGUUCACAAAUAUUGCCAAGACCUAAAGAUUGCGUCAGAACUUAUUGCAGUUGAAAACAUUGAAGGAAAUUGGAAAAUGAUCAUUAUAAAAUAUUUAUCACCAGAUAUCUUUACAGAUCUCUACUCUUAUCUACAAGAUAAACCCUCUGACAAAUAUCUGUUAAAGAAAAAAGCUAUGGAUAUUGCUGAGUUGUUCCAUAAUG